AGUAACGGUACUUAAGUACUCGUUUGUACUGUCCAUUGUUUCGUUAUCCUGCACUCUGUGAUUCCCCAGUGGCAUAUUUGUAUGAUAUCAUCGCUCGAGGCUCAUUCAGUCUCCAGUGUUCGUCGGUCUGUGGCCACGCGUAGCUGUCGUGUGAUUGUGUUAUAUUUUGUGUGUCCUUGAUUUGAAACAAGUUGCCGACAUGUCGCAAGAAAAACCCGUUUUCGAUUACCAUGAUGAGAGCCAGAGCGAGAAACUUAUGCGCAAGACGAAGGAAUCUCCUUUUAUGGUCUUAGCUAUCGCCGGUUGUGCGGGCGCAGUCGGCUACGGCGGCUGGGCAUACAAGAACCGCGGCGCCAUGAGCACCAGCGUGUUCCUCAUGCAGUUCCGUGUGAUCGCGCAGGGCACCGCCGUCGGAGCACUAUGCGCCGGCAUGGUCUACACUCUAUACAACAACCACUUCAACAAACCUAAGGAAAAUCUCGCCAUCCUACCCAAAUCUAACGAGCAUUAACUUGGCGCUGUCGAAUAAUUAGGCUCUAAGAACGAGUAGAGAAUAUUUGAAGUUUUUAUUGAAACUGCUCGACUGGGAUAUCGCUGCUUCUAAUUCUUCGAUGUUCCUACAAUAACUAUCUAGGUACUAUUUCAUUUGGAACUCCAUAUUCAGUUCCUACAUGGAACUACGUACCUAUGAGUGAAAAAAUGUUAAGAAGCCCGUUUAAUACUUUGUAAUCGAAAGUGCAAUUGUACUAUUGUUUCUCACAGUAUAAAACAAUGUCAACGGAUUCCGUAUCUACCUUACUUAUGCAUUUUAAAUUUUUAUUUUAAAAUUUUAAACUAUUGUUGAAUCUAAGUUAUCUUUUAUAGUACUAUAAUCAUGUAAUGUCGAAAAUGUCAAUUAUUUGCGGCACAAUACAAUAUUGUUAUCUCUCAGAGAUAUCCAACAUAUAAAUUUUUCAUUAUCUUUGCUGCUGGUAGAUUAAUAGUCGAAGGUCGCUGAUACGUGGUAAAAAUUCUUAUAAAGAUAAUAUUGCUCACGUCAUACAACUAAUUAUUGAGCUAGAUAAUUUGCUUGUUAUAUUCGAUUCAAAAACUGUGGGCAAAAGCAACAUUUUGUCUCUGUAGCUCUUGUUAUAAAUUAUUUUAUUAAUGUUGUAGGUGUAAUGUGUUGUUAAGUGAAUGGCUGUGUUAAUUUAUGCGUUUUGAGUAAUAAAAUGAAUAUACCUAAAUGUAUGCUAUAUUGAAAA